AAUUACUACAGAAGAAGUUGAAACAUUAUUUAAGGAUUAAAUUGGCCACCAUGAAGAGUUUAUAUAGAUGCAGAAAUCAAAUUACUCAACGAGUUCAAUAUUAUUCAACAAAAGCAACAUCGACAUCCACAACAUCAACACCAAUAUCGAAUACAUCAACAUCUGAAGGAACAAUAACAAGAAAUUAUCAUCAGACUGCUAUGGAUGAAGGGAAUUUAUUGUCUCAACCACAAAGUGUGACGUCAUGGAUAUCUGAUACAGUAGCGAAUACAACAAUAGAAAACCUCUCCCCUCAGACAACAGCUAGAAGUAAACGUAUGAUGUUAGAUACACUGGGUGUUGGCAUCAUUGGAUCUAAAACAGAAAUAUCAGAUAUAGUGACCAGAUGUGUGGCUUCAGAAAUCUUUGAUAACACAGAUACCAACAGAACAUCUCUUAGUUCCUUAUGGGGUAGCAACAAACGUAAGGUCGCUCCAGCUAUUGCAGCUUACAUCAAUGGAGUAAAUGUUCAUUCCAUGGAUUUUGAUGAUACAUGGUUCCCAGCAACCCAUCCAAGUGGUCCUGUUCUACCAGCAAUCCUGGCUCUUGCUGAAACAAUGACUGGCUCGUACGAACCAACCACACAAGAUUUACUGGUGGCUUACAAUGUUGGUAUUGAGGUACAAGGUUUAUUACUACGUUGCUCCGAAAUUGCUAAAGAAAUACCCAAAAGGUUUCAUCCACCUGCAGUUGUUGGAGUUAUGGGAAGCGCAGCUGCUUCAGCACGACUUCUUGGUCUUGGUCCAAAGGAAUGUCGCCACGCCUUAGCAAUAGCAGCAUCAUUCGCAGGAGCACCGAUGGCAAAUGCCGGAACAACUACCAAACCUCUUCAUUCCGGUAAAGCAGCUAGAUUUGGACUUGAAGCAGCUAUACUAGCAAGCCAUGGUCUAGAAGGAAAUUCCAACAUAUUAGAUAUGACUUCCGGUUAUGGUGCCUUCUAUGAUGACUACGACCCGGAACACUUCCUGUUGAACCAUGCUGGUAAAAAAGAGUUCAUUCUUCAUGAUCAAGAUAUAGCUAUUAAAAGAUUCCCCGCCCACCUCGGUAUGCAUUGGGCCAUUGAUGCUACCUUAGGUGCUCGUGAUAAGAUCAUUCCGGUUUCAGCAUCAAUUCAUCCAGAUGUAGUUGAAUCAGUUGAGAUCUGGGCUCCUCAAUCUAAAUAUAUCAAUCGACCAUUGCCGACAUCAGAACACGAGGCCCGCCAUUCCUUCCAAUUUAAUGUCUGUACAGCUCUACUCGAUGGUCAUGUUCAAGUCAAAUCUUAUCACGACGCUUCCCGUAACCGUCCACAACUUAUCAAGCUUUUGAAGAAAGCUAAAAUUGUGACUCCAGAUGAUAACUUGGCUACAUUCGAUGAUAUGUACAUUGAAGUUCAUCUAUAUCUAAAAGAUGGUACAAGAGCUAUGUCUCGUUGUGAUACACCCUAUGGACAUUGGAGAAAUCCUCUCUCUCAAAAUGAUCUUGAAAGGAAAUUUUUAAGCAAUACCAGUGAUCUUCAUCCUGAUCAACAAUCUCAAAUUAUUCACCAUGUUGGGCAGAUUGAUAAAUGUCAACCGGCAUCAGCAUUUUUAGAAAUGUUGUGAAAAGAUUGUAUGAUGUGUAUAUAGUUAUUUUCAUGACAGUCAUCAAUUGAUACAAGAUGGAAUUGUGCAACAUUAUGUAUUUCAUUAUAGACUGCCUGCAUUUCAAGCGAACAUUACAACUGGUGAGUUCCAGUAGUUAAUCUUGUUGAUUUGAAAACUUUGAUUGGCACUAUUCCCGUGAGACAUCUGACAACCAGCCAAUAAGCAAUCGUUGUAAAUAUAUUUCUGUUUUUAUAAAAUAUUCUUUUUUCUCUUUUUUACAGAUGUAUUUUGAAACAUUGUAAUUGUCAUUAUGUAAAAUAGUAUUUGUUAUUUUGUUGUAAAAAAAAAAUUUUUUGUUAACUUAAUUUCCUCAAG